AUGACAGCAUUACGUGUUGAAAAUCCUCCGAUUUACAAAAAUGGAGACAAGCCAUGCCGCCCAGCUGAUGCGGUGGAAAGUCAGGCCAAGCAGCGGCUGGUGCCCAUCGACGAAGCCACCAGGAGAGGGGACUCGGAGGUCCAGGAGUUCUACUCCGGAGCGGUGGUCCUCAUCACGGGCGGCUCGGGGUUCCUGGGGAAGCAGCUGGUGGAGAAGCUGUUCAGAACAUUUGACAUCAAGAAGUUGUAUUUGCUCCUGCGGCCAAAGAAAGGCAAAUCCACCGCCCAACGACUCAGUUACAUUUUGCACAAUCCUGUGUAUGACACUCUGCGGGAGACCAGACCUUGGUUCGUGGACAGGGUUGAAGCGAUAGAGGGGGACAUCACUAAGGACAGGCUGGGAUUGGAGAUCGAGACCUGGGAGCAGCUUAUUAGUGAGGUGACCAUAGUGUUUCAUAGCGCAGCUACGAUCAAUUUCGCGGAUCCACUUAAAGUGGCCACCAAUAUAAACGUCAAGGGGACCAUGGAAAUGCUGAGCUUCGGGAAGGCCUGUCAGAAGCUAAGGAGCUACGUCCAUAUUUCGACAGCGUACAGUCAAGCCCUGAACAGCCGGGUCCACUCAGACAUACCCGAGGAGUUCUCCAAGAGUCCAAUGACCCCUCACACCCUGGUGGACUUGGCUGAGACCCUCCCGCAAGACACCCUCGAUCAAAUCUUUCACAAAUACCUCGGCAAUGACUACCCCAACACGUACGCUUACACGAAGGCGGUAGCUGAAGAGGCCGUGAGGACCAUGUCUGAAGGUCUACCUAUCGCCAUUGUCAGACCCACUGUUGUGAUACCUUCAUACACGGAGCCUGCUCCGGGCUGGGUGGACAAGAACAAUGUCUUCGGAGCUAGUGGGAUAAUCCUAGGUCUUGGUCUAGGCGUGAUCCACACCCUGAUAUCGGAUCCUGACAUAAAAAUAGACAUAAUUCCUGUGGACAUAGUCAACAAUGCAGUGAUAGUGGCGGGCUGGGAGACGGCCAGGAGGUGGGGGGUGGGGGAGGCUGACACGAGGAUAUAUACAGUCGGGUCUUCUUACAGGAACAGUAUUACUUGGUCCUUCCUGACGGAGACCCUGGAGGUGGACGCGAGGAACCACGUGUCUCCAAAAGCCGUCUGGUACGCCUUCGCUGUCCAGAGCAAACAUAUACACGUGUACGCUGCCCUGGCCUGGAUCCUGCACUUCAUCCCAGGGUAUAUAGUCGACGGCAUCCUCAUGUUGAUGGGGAGGAAACCCAGAGCUACAAAAAUCUACAACCAACUAAACACCAUGUCAAAAGUAUUCAGUUACUUCACUUUGAGAAGUUGGAAUUUCCAAGACGACAAUCUCCUGAAAAUGUACAAGAACCUAUCGCUAACGGACCAGCAGAUCUUCAACAUAGACAUAAAAACUGUAGAUAUGACAGAGGCCAUUUUACUGUGGCACAUAGGGUUAAGAAGAUUCUUUUUGAAAGAUGAUUUUGUGAAUGAUGAACAAGCGCAAAAAAAGCAGGUGAUGUUGAAAUAUGUAACCUUUGUUAUUGCACCAAUUUAUUUUUACGUUUUUUACAAGAUUUUUGUAUGUUUAUUUUAUUUUUUGUAUUCAUUUUUCUUACUGUAA